CAGCCAGAGGAAAGAAAGAGAAAGAAAGAGAAGAUUAGUUUUCCUCAAAAAAAGGGGAUCUUCUAUUCUUACCUUUUUAUUUCUUGUUCGUAUUUAGAAAAAAAAGGUGAAGAAAAAGAAGAAGAAGAAGAUGAUGAUGAUGAUGAUGAAGAUGAAGAUGAUGAUAAAAAUAAUGAGGAGAGAGAGAGAGAGAGAUGAUGAUAAGAGGGAGACUUAAGGGAAGGAGGGUGAGACGGGAAAUGUUGUCAAGUAAGCAUCUUAAUAGUAUAUCUCAAGUCGUUUUACCGUUAAGGUAACAGGUAACAUCCAACAAGAGAUUAUAACUUUUUCUGUUGUUAUUUAAUCAUUUAAGUUAAUUGUAAAUUAAUCAAUUGUAAAUGUUUCGCAGCUAUUAAAUAAUAAUCGAGUAAUCAACUAUUCUUGUUGGACCUGGAGACUAUGUGAUUAAUCAAAUUAGAUCUAAUCAAAAUUUUUUUUUCUUCUUCUAAUCCAAUCGUUUUUUAUAUUUUAAUUUAUAUUUAAUAUUUAAAUUGAUUGUUUGAUUAAUCUUGUCUUCUUCUUGUAUAUUGAUUGAUUUGUUUGUUGUUAAUCCAUCGAUUCAAUUAUGUCAUGGUUAUCAUUGACAUUAUUUUUAUUGUGUUCGGAUCAGACUAAUCUAGUUUAAAUUACUUGUUAAUGAAAUGAGAUGAAAUUAACUUUGAAUCUCCAUCAACGGAUUAGGCUGUUGUUUUUCAUCUUUGUUUACUUACUCUCCAUUGUAAGAUUGACCAAAGGUGGAUCCCUCAAGAUCAGCCCAAAACCGUGUAAUAAUGCAAUCGGCGAGGAGGGAACCUGUAUGUUUGUCUGGGAAUGUAUUAAAACUGAAGGUAAACACCUUGGUACCUGUGUUGAUGGUUUCUUAUUUGGAUCAUGUUGUGGACACAAUGAUACCUUUAACUCAAUUGAUAAUAAUAAAAAUCAUCACGGGAUUAACGGUAUAUCAUCAUCAUCGUCAUCUAAUAACAUGGGAUAUACUUCAACAUCUUCCUUAUCAUCAUCAUCAUCUAAUAAACCAACUAUGGUUUCACCUUUACAUUCAUCGUUUGUUGAAACAUUUCCAACAAGUUCAACAGUAGCAUCUUCAUCUUCAUCAUUUUCAUCAACCAAUACCAUUGAUAAUUCAUUAUCUUCAUCAUCUUCAUCUUCAUCACCUUCAUCACCAUUUUACACUCUUAAGCCAACCAGUAAACCGUCAAGCUUUUCAUGGUCCCAGUCAUCAUCUCCAUCGACCUCUUCAUCUUCAUCCUCAUCUUCAUCAUUCUUAGGUGAAACUAGGCCAUCCGUUUAUGGAGUAUCAUCAUCAUCAUCACCUUCAGCUCCUCCGACAACCAAAGCACCAACCACACCAACGACAACAUCUCGUCCAGAAUCAUCUUGGAAUCAAUUUGAAACCUGGAACACAUCUCCUAGUCCUUUACAUGCACAAGUAUGGCCUGGCCAAACAAGCACCACUCCGGCAAAACCAUUAUCGAUUCUGAAUACAUUUCGUCCGCCAAUUUUUUCUGUUUUUGGAAAUAAUAAUAAUAAUAAUCUUAAUCAUGGUAACAAUCAAGUUAAUAAUGUUAAUAAUCGACCUACCUCGGCCACUGGGUCAUCUUCAUCUUCAUCAAUAUCAUCACCUUUCCUGCGACCCACUGUACGACCGAUUCCAGUUCGUCCAACUAAUUUUUAUCAACAUUUCUUUACAACUCGAACCAAAUAUCCACUGUUAACCAGUACAACUUCACGUCCACCUCCAACCUCCUCCAUGAUAACUACAACCAGCACACCACCAACAACAACAUUAACAUCUUAUAAUAAUCCAAUAAGCAUUCAAAAUAUGAUAACCACCACUACACCACCUCCACAAACCACCACGACAACUGUACCACCGCCAACAACAAGCUCAUCUUUUAAUUCCCAUAGGCCAAGACCACCUUAUCCCUAUCAAGGGUCAUCUCCUAAUAAGCAUAACAUCCUUGACCCAUCCAAAGUUCAAUGUGGUGCUCCAACAUUAACCCACCAAGCAAAGGUUGUCGGUGGUAAAAAUGCCGCUUUCGGUGCUUGGCCUUGGCAGGUCUCCGUUCGUCGAACCUCAUUUUUUGGCUUCUCAAGUACCCAUCGAUGUGGAGGAGCUAUUCUUAACAAUCAAUGGAUCGCAACUGCAGGUCACUGUGUUGAUGAUUUGAUAAUUUCAACGAUAAGAAUUCGAGUUGGCGAAUAUGAUUUUGCUAAUGUUCUAGAACCAUAUGCGUACGUUGAAAGAGGGGCUAAAAAGAAGGUCGUCCAUCCUCAUUACAAUUUCUUUACCUAUGAGAAUGAUCUCGCUUUAGUUCAAAUGGACGAACCGAUUGACUUUCAACCUCAUAUUGCACCGAUUUGUUUACCACCGGAUAGAAUUGAAAUGGUUGGUCGAAAUGCGACUGUAACGGGCUGGGGUCGUUUAAGCGAAGGCGGUAUUCUACCUUCGGUUCUUCAGGAAGUUAAAGUUCCAAUUGUGAGUAACGAUGCUUGUAAAAAUAUGUUCCUCUCGGCGGGUCGACAUGAGUAUAUACCAGAGAUAUUCAUGUGCGCUGGUUACGAAGAGGGUGGUCGUGAUUCUUGUCAGGGUGAUUCUGGUGGUCCACUUCAAGUUCAGGGUGACGAUGGUAAAUGGUUUCUCGCCGGCAUCAUUUCAUGGGGAAUCGGUUGUGCUGAACCAAAUUUACCAGGAGUUUGUACUAGAAUAUCAAGAUUCAAGGAUUGGAUUGUAAAGACAAUAUCAUAACAUUAAAUUAGAUUAUCUUUUCCCCCUUUGGUCAGCAACAAUUAUGUUGACCAUUAGAAGUAAACAACGAAAAAGAGUUCAUAUUGAGACUAAAUGAUUGAUUCCAAUUGUAUUGAUUCAGUGAAUUCACGAGCAAUCAUCAAAUCAUCAGAAUCUUUUUUUCAUCUUUUUGUUAAUUUUUCAGUUUUUUCUAAUUUUUGUCCUUCUCUCUCACACUGAUUAGUUAAUAUUUUACUGUUCUAUUCUAAUUAUAAUAUAUAUAAAUUUA